UUUCUCUAUUAUCGUGCCUGUUGGCUGGCUCCUCGUCCUGCUGUGCAACGUACUGUACUAAGGGAAAAUUUCGUGCAUCGCUUGCUCCCGAAGAGGACCGUGGGUUUUCGUCCCUUGAGGCCGCCAUAGUAAGCUUCCCGACUCUCCAAGAUGGACGUGAACGAAAACGACAGCGUGUGCAUCGUCUGCUGGCGUGACAUCCACGUUUACGCGAUUGGCCUGUGCGACCACCCCGUGUGUCACGAGUGCUCCACUCGUAUGCGAGUGCUGUGCCGCAAGAGCGAGUGCCCCAUAUGUCGACGCACCCUGCCCAAGGUGAUCUUCGUGAAGGAGUGCCGCCCCUUCGAAGAGCUCAACAAGCGGCUGUACCAGGUUGAUGCGCGGCCGCAGAUCUGCUUUGAGGAUGAGUCGGUGCGGCAGGCGUAUCGGGAGCUGCUCGACAACCGCUGCAAGUACUGCCCGCCGUCGUCGACCAAGGCACCGACCGUCUUCAGCAGCUUUGCCCAGCUGCGGAACCAUGUGCGCAAGGAGCACAGCCGCACCUACUGCGACCUCUGCAUCGAGCACCUUAAGAUCUUCCCAGGGGAGCGGACGGCGUACACUCGGAGGGACAUGGUGAGGCACCAGAAUUAUGGGGACGUGGACGACACCUCGCACAAGGGCCACCCCCUGUGCAAGUUCUGUGACGUGCGGUACUUCGACAACGACGAGCUGUACCGGCACCUGCGCCGGGACCACUACUACUGCCACUUCUGCGGCGACGACUACCGGCUGCAGUACUACCGCAACUACGAAUACCUGCGGGCGCACUUUCGAGAGGAGCACUUCCUGUGCGAGGAGGGCGACUGCCGCAACGAGACGUUCACGGCCGCCUUCCGCACUGAGAUUGACCUGAAGGCCCACCGCGCCCAGCACCACAACCGGUCGCUCACCAAGGCCCAGGCCAAGCAGGCGCGCACCCUCGACCUCGAGUUCGCCGUCACCCCUCGCUCCUCGGCCAACUCUUACAAUUCCAGCGGCUACUACGAUGACUCUGGUGGCCACGGGCGGCGACAAUCGCGGCAGCCUCGGUCAGGGAGGGCUCCGCCGUCGGACGCCAGCAGAGAAAAUCUGCUGGCCCGUUCGCAGGCGUCUGAGGACCUGCAUAUGACUUGGGAAUUGCAGCCGCCGGUUGAUUACCGCUGUGAGAAAGAGUUUCCACAGCUUGGCAGUGACAAAGGCACGCCAGCACCAUCAACUUCUUCUGGGAGCAAGGCUCCUGUAGACCCAUUUCCUGUAGCAGCUUCAUCGUACCCUCCCAGGAGGCCGAACAAGGUCAACGUCAACAGUGUUGACGAAUUCCCAUCGCUCAACCCGUCGUCAUCCACCGCCACACAGCAGGGGUCGGCAGCGCCACUGCCGGCAACCAUGGUGCCGCUCCGCAAGUCAACUAAGGCACAGGGCAAGGGUCACGCCAACGGAAUACCGCCGGGUCAACGGUCGGUUGGGAAGCAGCAGCAGGAUGCCAACAACAACGGCCCCAGAGAAAAGACUACAUUAGACUGGUUCGCGCAGCCCUCAGGAGACCGCAGUUUGGUGAAACCACAGCUCUCGACUGUUUCUGCAGUGGUGUCGGCGCGCCCUGCACCGGAGCUGGGGAGACCGAAACAGGCAUUACCGAAGAUGGGGCUGGACGAGGACUUUCCGACUCUGGCGACGCGCAGCGUCGCACGAAUAUCGAUUUCAUCCUCGCCAACGCCUUCGCCUCAGUCGGAGCCACCUUGGAACACAGCAAAGUCUGCAAAAAUUAAGAAAAAGAAAAAGACGGAGGAGACGAAGCAAAUGGAGUCGUCGAAACACCCGCCUGGAAUCGAAAUCAACAACAACACCACUACCAAGGCAUCAGCAGCGGUCGCCAGCAAAGAGCAAGCAAGCACACAGCCUUUGGAGACGAGUAGCGAAUCGAAGCCAUCCUUCGUGCCUCCCACGAACAACCUGCUCCAGCUCAUUGCAGCUGCGAGGAAAGGGACCACUAUGCCAGCACCUCCCGAACCCGCCAGCGAGGUGGUUUGUGAUGUCGACAGUUCGGACUCUGAUGAACCGCCGAGGUUGACGGUUUCAGACUUCCCAAGCCUCAACGGUCGGCCACCGGGGACUGCCGCACCUCCUCCAGGAUUCGGCAAACCCAAGAAGCCACCGCCCGGGUUCGCACGAGCCAACAUGUGCGACAUGCCCAUGGGGACGCUGUCCUCGCUCGUGAAGGCGACUACACCGACGACGUCACCUGCAGUGCCACCGCAGUACAUGCCUCCGGCGGGCUUCCAGGAGCGGAACCUCGCUCUGAUACAGGAUGUGCAGCAGACCCUGGCCAAGCGCUCCGAAGAUGGCCUCUUUGCGACGUUCAAGACUUUGUCGGGCUCAUUUCGCCAAAGUGUGCUGUCCGCAGACGAGUACUUCGCCCGCUGCAUCGAGUUGUUUGGCUCCGAGAAGGAGUUCAUGACCAUCUUCCCCGAGCUGUUGUUCCUGCUGCCGGACAUUCGGAAGCAGCAGGAGCUCAUGGCCACGUACAACGCUCACCGCAAGGCGCAGGCAGCAACGUCCGGUGCACUGCCCAAGGGGCCACCUGUCCAACUGCUCGUUUGCGCCACCUGCCAGCAGGUGCUGUCCGCUGAGGACUUCCGGAGUCACCGCACCGUGCACGACCCCUCAUGACUCGAGCUCACACCGUAUGUCCAAGUGCCUUCUUUACUUCGGCAUCUCGCCCCAACUUGGUAAUGUGACGAGAAUCAGGCGGCGUCACCGGACUUCUGUUGAUGUCAAGAGAAGGAGUUUCACCGAAGCUCGGCCCUUCGACCCCAUCGUCGGCGCCAGCUGUUUGGUUGCAUGAAGCGGCCUUUCAAUCUCGCUCGGAUGCUUAGUGAAGUUCCUCCUACUCGAAAAAAGUCCUGACUGUGAAUUAUCAGGACUUAGGUGGAGUGGUAUUUCUCACACAGAACUUGUUUUUAUUACCGGAAAAAGGUGGCUCGCUGCCUCGUUUGUACUGUCCCCUGCUCGCUGUGUCACUCAUAACAAAUGUAAGGGUCAUAGACUAAAUAGUGUGCUGCCAUCAUCAACUGCUUCUUUUGUUCUCUCUUCGAUGUUAUUUUCAAGUUUUUUUUUCACUUUGGCUUUUGCAAUGUCCAGUCUAAUAAUGGCUAGCCUCUUCAUAUGUCCCAAACUCACUGAACGCUUGUUCGAGUGGUCAAGUACUUUGAUGUCGGAAAUAGACUCAAACUUUUCAAGGUCCCCCAUUCCCCAACGUACAUCGGUUCAAGUUGUGUAUUCUGAUGUUGCUAGUCUGACGUGUGGCGUCGUGAGCCACUUGGGGCAUGGUCGUUCCAAUCUCUCAAAAGACGAAAGAUGGGGGGGGGGGGGGGGGUGCUCAAUGCGUUAGCGGGACCCCCCACCUUUUUUUUUGCUUAAUGAAACAUGUAGUGAUUGCUUCAAACUAAGUCAUCACUAUCCCUCUCUAGAACCAUGCUUUGCACUGUUCAUUUGCAUUAAUUGUCACAUAACAAGUGCUGUUGCUUAUUAAAAAUUUGCUUCUAAUGCUCGCCUUUUUUUUUUCUGCUCUCCUGGUAACCGUGAUCACUUGUGCCUUUUCACUGUAAUGCCGUGUUAUUUAAUGUCUGAACUCUUUUUGUAUUGGUAACAGUCUGCACACUUUCUUGUAUACACUUUUUUGAGGUAUGUAGAAGUUGUUGGAAUGUACACGAACUGAAGCAGGUUUGCGGCAGAAAUUUUUAUACCUUUUGUUGAGGUUAAUGCUUAGUUUCACGAGUCUACUCAAUUUAGCUUAUCACUGCUUUAGGUGUCAAUAAUGAACAAGUAUAAUUAAAGAGGCUAGUGCACUUUUUGAAGCGUUCUAUUGCUUUUUGGAAUAUUAGCAAUCUGUCACUCGUGCUACCUUCAAAUGUAGGUGCGGUU